CGCCCCGCCCCCGGGCACGGCAGCGAGGCGAUGGCGGGACCCAACGCGGAGCCGCCCGCGCCGCUGGGCCCCCCGGGGCGGGACGGCGAGGACGGGGCCGGGGACGGGAACGGGGCCGGGGCCGGGGACGGCUUCGGGGAGGAAGAAUAUGCAGCAAUAAACUCCAUGCUGGACCAGAUCAACUCCUGCUUGGAUCACCUGGAGGAGAAGAACGAUUAUCUACAUGCCUGCUUGAAGGAACUGCUGGAGUCCAACCGCCAGACCCGCCUGGAGUUCCAGCAGCAGAGCGAGCAGCAGAACAUGGAAGCUGACGCGCAGGGAUCACAGCCUCCUGGCUAGUGGGCUGGCCCCACACUUUCCGUUGCUAAGAACAUUCACUGGUCACUGGUUUAACAUAAAACUUGAAUAGACGAGGUUCUUUCUGCCCGUUACUUGUUCCUUCCCGUGGUAGUGUCCUGCCAUUCGCCUCCAGGUUCUGUUUUUCUUUAGCUGUUGUAACAGCUGCAGAAGCACACAGGUGGGUGUAGGAGUGGUCCUUCUUUUCUCCCCCGGCACUGACACUUGGUUAAAGCUGGGCGUAGGAAGCCUGAUGCCAUGCAGGUUGUUUGCAAGCAAGCUCUCGUCACAAAGAGGAAAAAUGAUCUCUGGUGUUUUGCGCUGUUGAAUCCGAGUGAGGAACGUUAUGGCUCUAGUCUCUUCCCUCAAAGAGCACAGUCGGCAGGGGCCGUCCUGACUCCAGGCUCACCCCUAGGUGUAAUCUGUCACAGACAGGAGCCCUAGGCCAUCUCCUGCCCUGAAACUACAGCUUCCCCAUUUCAUUGUAAGAAAUAUUGACGCAGCCCCAGAUAACUGGACUUUUCUAUCCCCUUCCAAGCAGAUAAUACAAGCUACCGGGGUGAUGUUUUUGACUGUUUUAAUUUAAUUGGAAGCUGCCUAACUCAUUGAGCUGCCAUUAAGGACUUGGGCUUUAGAGCCAGAGCAGCCGGGUUAGUCCCCACUGCAGCAUCAGCUAUAGGGAGCAGAGACAUGGGAUGGGGGCAGAGCCCUGCCUGUACAUUUUGACAGGAGUACUUGUGAUCGUUCUGGUUUGAAACUUUGCAAUCUUGUCCGGAUGGCCUGGAGCCAGCACAGUGAAGCAAGUCUUACUGUUCUACUUCUGUAGAGUUAAAAGAGUUUUUUGAAAGUUAAAGAAGUUAUAAGAAAUCUGUUUUAUUAAAAUCAGUUUGAAACAAAA